AUGGCCAAUUCUAUUAGCUUUCUCUUGCUUCUUUCUUUACUAGCCUUUGCUCCCUUCUGUCUUUGUAGCAAGAAAUUUGGGGGUUACCUUUAUCCACAAUUUUAUGACUAUUCAUGCCCACAAGCUCAGGAGAUUGUCAAGUCCAUCCUUGCCAAGGCUGUUGAAAAGGAACCCCGCAUGGCUGCUUCAAUUCUGAGACUUCAUUUCCAUGAUUGUUUUGUCAAGGGUUGUGAUGCUUCAUUGUUCUUAGAUAGUAGUGGAAACAUUAUCAGUGAGAAGGGGUCAAAUCCCAACCGAAAUUCAGCUCGAGGAUUUGAAGUCAUUGAUGAAAUUAAAUCUGCAUUAGAGAAAGAAUGCCCUUAUACUGUGUCUUGUGCUGACAUUUUGGCUCUAGCUGCCAGAGAUUCAACUGUUCUUACUGGGGGACCAAACUGGGAAGUACCUUUAGGCAGAAGGGACUCUCUAGGUGCAAGCUUAAGUGGCUCCAACAACAACAUUCCUGCCCCAAACAACACAUUCCAGACAAUCCUAACUAAAUUCAAUCUUCAAGGGCUUGACAUUGUUGAUCUAGUUGCUCUAUCUGGGAGCCACACUGUAGGAGAUUCAAGGUGCACCAGCUUCAGGCAAAGACUCUACAACCAAUCUGGGAAUGGCAUUGGAGACUACACUCUUGAUCAAUACUAUGCUACUGAAUUGCGCACUCGGUGUCCAAGAUCUGGAGGAGAUCAGAAUCUGUUUUUUCUAGACUUUGCCACCCCAACAAUAUUUGACAAUAGCUACUUCAAGAACCUUUUGGCUUAUAAGGGUCUGUUAAACUCUGAUGAAGUUCUCUUCACAAAGAAUCCAGAAUCAGCAGAAUUAGUGAAGUUGUAUGCUGAAAGAAACGAUAUUUUCUUUGAACAAUUCGCCAAGUCCAUGAUCAAGAUGGGAAACAUAUCUCCUUUGACUGGUUCAAUGGGAGAGAUCAGAAAGAACUGCCGCAAGAUUAACACUUGA